ACAUUCAAUCUUCUUCUUCUUCCUCGGAGCAGAGAAAGGUUUUGGGAUCGUCGAGAGCAAACUCCGAUUGAAAGAAGAUGCAUUCUUUUGGUUACAGAGCCAAUGCUCUGCUCACAUUCGCCGUCACGAUCCUGGCUUUCAUUUGCGCGAUUGCUUCCUUCUCUGAUAACUUCAGUAACCAAAAUCCCUCUGCUCAGAUCCAGAUAUUGAAUAUCAAUUGGUUUCAGAAGCAACCUCAUGGAAAUGAUGAGGUCAGCUUGACACUGAACAUAACAGCAGACUUGCAGUCACUUUUUACUUGGAACACAAAGCAGGUAUUUGCUUUUGUAGCAGCAGAGUAUGAAACCUCCAAGAACGCCCUCAAUCAGGUUUCACUAUGGGAUGCCAUAAUACCUGAAAAAGAGCAUGCCAAAUUCUGGAUACAAAUCUCAAACAAGUACCGUUUCAUAGAUCAGGGACACAACCUCCGAGGGAAGGACUUCAACUUGACAUUGCACUGGCAUGUCAUGCCCAAGACUGGCAAGAUGAAAAUGGAAGUGAAAGCUAGAGCUCCUGGGAAGAUCAUACUCGCAGGCGAACAUGCGGUUGUUCAUGGAUCCACCGCAGUAGCUGCCGCUAUUGAUCUCUACACUUACGUUACUCUCCGCUUUCCUCUUCAAUCAGCUGAGAACAGUGAUAGGCUUACACUUCAGCUCAAGGACAUUUCCUUGGAGUUUUCCUGGUCCUUGGCCAGAAUCAAAGAAGCAAUUCCUUAUGAUUCAACCACUUUGUGCCGUUCUACGCCGACUUCAUGUUCACAGGAGACCCUUAAAUCAAUUGCAGUUUUGGUCGAAGAGCAAAAUCUUCCAAAGGAAAAGAUCUGGCUCUCCUCUGGGAUCUCCACGUUUCUCUGGUUAUACACCAGAAUUAUAGGGUUCAAUCCGGCUACAGUUGUCAUUAACUCUGAGCUUCCAUACGGAUCUGGCCUCGGUUCAUCAGCAGCUUUAUGUGUAGCUCUCACAGCUGCUCUCCUCGCUUCUUCUAUUUCAGAUAAAACCCAUGGUAAUGGUUGGUCAUCUCUCGAUGAAACCAAUCUUGAGUUGCUAAAUAAAUGGGCUUUCGAAGGCGAAAAGAUCAUCCAUGGAAAACCUUCUGGGAUAGACAACACCGUCAGUGCAUACGGCAACAUGAUCAAGUUCUGCUCAGGCGAGAUCACUCGGUUACAAUCCAACAUGCCUCUGAGAAUGCUAAUUACCAACACUCGAGUCGGGCGGAACACAAAAGCCCUGGUCUCUGGUGUGUCACAGAGAGCGGCAAGACAUCCCGAUGCGAUGAACUCGGUGUUCAACGCCGUGGAUUCUAUAAGCAAAGAGCUCGCUGCGAUCAUUCAAUCUAAAGACGAGACCUCAGUUACAGAGAAAGAAGAGAGAAUAAAAGAACUCAUGGAGAUGAACCAAGGUCUGCUCCAGUCAAUGGGGGUUAGCCACAGCUCGAUCGAGGCUGUGAUCCUAACCACGGUCAAGCACAAGCUUGUCUCCAAACUGACAGGAGCUGGUGGUGGCGGUUGCGUCCUCACUCUAUUACCAACCGGAACGGUGGUGGACAAAGUGGUGGAGGAGCUCGAGUCCAGCGGUUUUCAGUGCUUCACGGCAUCAAUUGGUGGUAACGGAGCUCAGAUUAGUUAUUGACCAGACCGGAAAAUCAUAUUUGGCCUCUCACCAUUCUUAAGCUUGCUGACUUGUGUACUUCAAGAAGGCUGCAAAUUAGAACCCAAUUUGUCAAUUUUUCUUAUAACUGAUGUGUUGAAUGUAAAAUUGCUUUAUUACCAUGUGAAAAAUGAUUGAAAACAAGCAAAGAUUGUUUAGUUAAUUUUUGAAAUUGUUGUGUUUCAAUUGUUGAAUUUAAUGCAUUUAUAAAAGACAUGAUUGGAA